AUGUCUCCAGCGACGAACACCGCAGGCCACAACACUCCUCGCCGCCGUCUAUCGUCGAGGAGGGGCUCGAUUACCGCCUCUGACCCGUAUGCCCUGCAUGCUGACAUCAACGAGGCCCCAGACCGUGUAUCGUCCAGCAAGCUCACCAUCGUCAAGGUCUUGCCGAACCAACAUGGAGCGAUGAGCCCGCCACCGACGUUGAACGACCCGCCCUCGAGCUUCACCUCAGCGUCGAGGCGUCGAAGCUACAGAAUGGGCGCGACGUCACCUCCACCCGACGGGCCACCGCCGGGCAGGCUCAGCUUCGCAUUCUCGAGCUUUGGAGGUGAAAACUCUCCUGGACACCAUCGAGAGGGAUCAACGGGUAGCAUUGGAGCUCCUCCAUCACCUACUCUGUCUCCGCGUAUGAGGCCGGUCGGCCCUAACCAAUCUCCCAGACUCUCAGCAAUCGGCGGGUCAUCUUAUAAUCAUGGCAAGCCCAGAUUAACACCCGAACAACUUGUAGAACUGGCGAGGCAGGCUACUAGCCCUCGUACAUUGGCGCAGAUCGCCACUGCGAGCAGUGCUGGUCCGUCCUCGCCCGCCCCUGGCAGCCCUAUCAUGCGAUCGCACUCUCCGGCCUUCAGUGCUAGUGGUGCAACCCCCGGUGUUGUCGCUCCUGCGACGUUCACCCCGCUGCCGGAUGACAUCUAUCUCCCUUUCGUGGAUCGUCCUUACGAGGUUGCUCAGCUGAUCUCCACUCCGCCAGAUGCCAAACUCUUUAAUCUUUUGGCUCAAACUCUACCAAAGACCUACGAAGGACCUCUCUCAUCGCCUGAUCCAUCGUUCCCGGACGCGAUCCUGCUUCCAUUGGACCCGGUUCGUUGGACGUACACGCAGCUCCAUGCUCAUCUCACACAGGUCGAUCGGGAUGUUGAUUCGGAUGUGGUUUGGGUAGCCAAGGCGCGCAAGUGUAUCAUGUCUCACUCGGAGUUGAUCUGGGAGAGGGUCAAGGGUUGCUUUGGUGUUCCGCCCGAGUUGGACCACCUCGACUGGGAUUGGGAGAGGGAAGAGAGGAUGAAGGCAACGUUGAACGAGUUGGAGGGAGGGAGGAAGAGGCAUAGCAGUGGGGAGAAGCAUAAGGAGAGGAUGCGCAGGCUCAGGGCGGAGAUUAGGGAGGGUGCACCUAAGCCGACUAUUCGAGGCGGCAAGCUGCAGGGUGGGGAUAGUGCCAACUGGGAGGCGGAGAGUGCGAUCGACGACGAGGAAUCGGACGAAGAGUUGGAGGCACCACCAAUGACUAAGCCCCAACCAGGUGCGCCGGAAACCCCUGCAACCGCGACUACGCUCGCGACUGAAGACAUUUCCUCAGACGAAGGCAAGGUCCCCGGUGGUCACUGGAGCGACUGGGAUGAGACCAUCGAGUCUCCGAUCUAUGCCAAGUCCAAGCCUCUCGCUCCAGAUGACGCGACAGGUGGCGACGCACAGGAAGAGGAUGAAGAGGACGAGGAAGACUUCAUCGAGAUUGAAGCAUUGGUGGCCUCUUCUGACCCUAGUGGAGCGCCAUCGCCUGGUUCCAACCCUCCUCCGCUGACGCUUGGCGGGUCUAUGUUGUUGAAGGACCCAGAGUUGACGGAAGGGAACCCAUUGGGUGAUAUUGCGGAAGGCGAAGAAGAGGAAGAGGAGGAAGACUCUACCCAAACUCCCGGGGAACCCGCCAAGGAAGAAGUUGCUGCGCAGGAGCAGGAAGAGGAGCUUAUCCCUCCAGCUCAGAUCCAAGGCUUGCGCAUCAGCACUGCUCCCGUCCAUGCCUCUGGCAAUUAUGGUGUCGGUGGCGUUUACGUUGUCCACCAUCCUCACCCCCUGCCCUUCCCUUCCGAAAAAUCCGAGGGUGGGAACGAACAAGUUGUCUCCAGUGGACACUCGCAUCGAGGCUCCUUUGGCAACUCUGCUGGAAUUCCUGCCAGUGAAACUGUCACCGCUGGGUCAGGUCUCGCCAGGACCCAUUCACGCACUUCUUCGUUCUCAUCCAUCACUGGCGUGUCCAUUGGUCCCUUCUCUCGCUCCGAAUCGACUGGCAACUUGGCGGCUCUCAUGGCGGCUGCGACCAGCCCGGGAAGUGACGCAGGUGAUAGCACCGGCUACGCCAGCGACAGCGUUACCGCUGCUCCGCUCGGUGACCGACCUCCUGGUCAUCCUCUCUUCGUGAGCAACUUUGCUCGGUUGAACGGAUUGCCGACCCUCUCUGGACACGUCCACGGUUCGCAAUCACCGCCCCGCGCUCAUGGCGCUACCUCACCUCCACCCGGACAUUAUUCAGGAAAGAGGAGGUCCAAGAGAACCGGGAGUACGAGUGGGUCUGGGUUCGUGGGGACCGUCCCGAGUUCGAGCUUCAUCGGAAGCAAGGGGCAUGGGGGAUUCUAUGGCGGAGCGGAGUUGGGUAGGGUGAGGACGAACUCUCAGGGUAGCAUGAGGUCCUUCCGUGGAUAGGAGUCGUAAAGAUAUUUUCGGUCAGUGCGUGGGGUUGAUUUGGUUUUCAUCGGGUUUCUUUGGGACUUUUGUUGUACCAGUUGUCUAGAUCCUUUCCAUUGACAAGUACAUAUAGAUUCGACUUUGUUGUACAAGGCUAAUCGAUCGAGUGCACU